UGCAAAACGAAACGGACACUUGUUUGUUUGUGCACAAAGUGAAAUCAACAAGAGUGUUUAGCAAUUGCCUUGGCUUAUUUUGUGCCACUUUUUUGUUGUUGUCGUUUUCUGUGAAAUUAACACUCUUUCUAUUGGCUAUGAUGGGAAGUGUCUAUUUGGUUGUGCCGGGGGUUUAAAUCCAGUGUAUUUAAGUGCUAUUGUGCCAAUUCUGCCGCCUGAAGUGUCAAACAUUUAAAGUGAACUAAAAAACAAACAAAGAAUUAUGGCUGGACAGUCACUUGUCUCCAGUGUUUGGCUUUUAUCCGGAGUUUUAUUACUCACAUUCGCCGGAACAAAUGCCUACGGAUUUGGACGUUGCCCGAAUUACCCAUCGAUGCCAAAGUUCAAUAUGAGUCGGGUCCUUGGCCACUGGUACGAGGUGGAGCGAUCGUUUUACCUUCCAGAGAUCGCUUCUGGAUGCACAACUUUUCAAUUUGAGCCAUACAACAAGGCGGAACAAUCAAAGUUUGCCAAUUUCAAGCUGGCUGUAGCCAUCAAAAACAUCAAUCGCAUAACUGGUAAUCCAAAUGUUAACAUAGGCUAUGCCACGCCGGAAAAUAGUCGAUCUUCUAUUAUGGAUUUUAAGUUUACCACGCGUUUUCCGGACGUGAUAGCUCGACUGCUGCCCGGAUCCGGGAAGUACCAGGUGCUCUACACGGACUACGAGAACUUUGCCAUCCUUUGGUCCUGCGGCAGCAUUGGAUCCCUGGGCCACUCCGACCAGAUCUGGAUUCUUGGACGUGAUCGGGACUUCGAGGUGGACAUCCGUUCCAAGGUGUACGACGUGCUGAAGCGACUCUCCUUGGAUCCGGAGAGGCUGGUCAUUAGCAAAAACAAAAACUGCCCAGAGGCGUUGUGAAAGGCAUCGAACUCGACCCAUCACCCAUCUAUAUAUUUAAGUUCAUUCGGUUAAGGAACAAAUUCCAAUUGAUGCCUGAUCAUUUAGGCUGCUGUGAUAUUGAGGAGUGUGAAUCGGCGAAGUAAUGAGAAAAUAACAAAUACAGAAACAAAUAAUAGCAACUUGA